UUUACAAAAAUUCCUUUAAAAGAUCUUAUCUUUGAAAAAUGUCACACUCCAUGCGUUUCUUUGCUACUGUGUUACUUCUAGCAAUGCUUAUCAUGGCCACUGAGAUGGGACCAAUGAAAAUUAUAGAGGCAAAAACUUGUGAGAGGCUAAGUGGUACUUUCAAGGGAAUAUGUUUUAGCAGUAAGAAUUGUGCCUCAGUUUGUGAGAAUGAAGAUGAAGAAUUUACUGGUGGCCAUUGUAGUGGACUCCGUCGUCGUUGCUACUGCACUGCUGAUUGUUAAUUAAGAUUAUUAUUAUAGAUGGUAUGUACUAAAGAAGAAGUUUGGGAGAAUUAAUGUACUCUUGAAUAAAGCACAUGAGUGUGAUUGUUUAAA